AUGGCUCGUCCUCGCCCGCGCUCCGGCUCGUCGGCCGCUGCACCUGCACAGAGCCUCGAGAGCCUGGAGCAGGAGGCGCUGGAGCUGCUGGGCCAGCGCAAGCGGCGCCAACGCGUGCGCUACAGCUGCACCGAGUGCCAUCGACGCAAACACAAGUGCGAUCGCGAAACGCCGUGCUCCAAGUGCAUCGAGCGCGGGGUGGCCGACGCAUGCACACCGCACGAUGGCAGCGCACAGGACGCUCACGACCGCGUCCGACAGCUCGAAACGGUCCUCUCGCGGCUCGUACACGCAACGCGCAGCACUGGUGGAUCGUCUUCGCCGCGCGCUGGAUCGAGUGCAUUGGGCACACCGGACGCAUCGCAGGCGGGCACACCGAGACGAAAGAGCAAUCCCGGCGUGGCGACGGCGGCGUCGCUUCCGUUUCGCGCACAGGUGGGGUCGGAGCUCAUCGAGUUCUCGUCGUCCAACCACGGCUAUCCGCCUUCGGCGCACUAUGAGCGGCUGGUGCGCGAGGGCAGCAUCGAGAAGGACGCGAUCCGAAUCCUGGCGUCCGACCUGCCCUCGCUCGACGAUACCAACGCGCUCCUCGACGUCUUCUUUCGCGACAUCAAUCCGCUCAUGUUUCCCUUUGACGAGAUGUGGUUUCGCGAGGCAGUCCAUUCGGCCGCCGAUAUCAUCUGGGGCGACCCGAGUACGACGUAUGGUCAGGAUGGCCCCAACCAUUUGUCGGUGAUUGCGCUGCUGUACGGCGUGCUGGCACUGACGUAUUUGGCGCAGCCGCUGCAGAUGGGCAGCGAAGCACGCGGGGCGGAGAGGGCGGCAAGGAUGGCUUGGAGGUGCAGGGAGGUACAUGCGCUCGCGCAGAGUAUACAGUGCCACGAUGCGUUCGUCGUGCUGAGCUACGUGCUGCUCGCCAGGUAUCUGAUCCUGCAGAGACAGGCGCGCGAGAGCUGGCUGGUGCUCGGCCAUGCAGUGCGCCAAGCCCAGGUGCUGGGGUUGCACCGUAUGGGAAAGGCGGAGGAGGAGGAGGCGAGAGAGGCGGCGAUGCGAAGGGUGAUCUGGAUGCAUCUGUUCUUCGAAGACCGAUUCUCGAGUCUGAUUGUGGGGCAGGCGCCGCUGAUCAACGAGGCGUUUUGCAAUACCCAGCCGCCGCUAUCAAAGACGAUGGAUACGGACCGGGAGCAGUUGGAUCUUGCACAGGUGGUGCGGGUGCGGCACGAGCUCAGUCGCAUUGUGGGGGAGGCGCUCGAGCUCUUCCUCUCGGACGAGCGCGAGAUGUGCUACGAGGCAGUGCUGCGGCUCGACCAUCAACUGGAGCUCUUCCGAGACGCGCUUCCGAGCCCAUACCGCACCGACUCGUGCAUCGACAAUGCCGACGGUGCGCAGAGACAUGUGGCACUGCACAGAUUCGUGCUGCACAUCAGCCUGUACUAUGUGGUGAUCUCGGUGCAUCUGCCCUACUUGCGGCACGGCGGGGGGGAUGCGGCAUUCGAGCGCUCGAGACAGGUGGCGAUGGAGGCGGCGGUGGGCGACCAUGCUGCGCGCGUGCGUCUGCGCGACGAGCUCGAGUGGCCCGCCCACAUGGCAAGGGACGCCUUUGUCGGCGGCAGGUUCUUUUACUUUCACGCGACGUCGACACUGGGGAUAUGCCUGCUGUCUGAGCCGGACGAGCGCAAGGUAAGGGAGAUGCUGCCGCUGCUGGACGAGUUCUUGCAGUUUGCCAGGGAGCAUCAGAGACAGACGGGCGUGGAUCCGGACCGGUGCAUCCGCCAGGAGAUCAGCAUCGUCAGUUUGAUUCGCUCCCGCGUCCUGCGCAGGGCCGAGAGUCGCUCCACUGCAACGCCACACAAAGGUGGCGGGGCCGCAAGCGGCCCGAGUGUAGUAACGGGCGGCUUGGCGCAGGAACAGCACGAGGUGCAGCAGACGACAGCCGAGGGUGCAGCUUGGCCGGCGGGGAUGGUGGAGCUGGGCCAGCCGUCUGCCGGCGCCGAUGUGUACGACUGGUGGACAUGGCUCGUCUCGAGUCUCAGCCCAUCCGACCUCCCGUCUCUCGUCGAUCCACACGCUCGCACAAACUAG